ACUAGUAAGAAGAAAAGUACGGGAAUUUGAAACAGUUGACAUCGGGCGGUUGACAUCGGCCUAACGUUCUCGCACGUUUUACUAAAUUGUUAAGCUUCUUUACUCGAAGAAAUGUCUAACUUCUGAUGUCCUCCAGCUGGUGUAGCAGAUCUUUACAACUCUAAAAUUUGUGGAGGCCGCAAAUGUCAGCAUUAUCAGGAUUCACAUCAAUUUACUACAGAGACAGCUCGAGGAAAGAAAGACACAUUGAAAAUGUAUUAAAAUUGAGCAUUCACACAUAAAACUUUUAUCUGAGAAAAGGGAUUUUAAAAUUUCCAUAACUAUAUACAGGAAAAUAAUGGGAAGAGUAAAAGAAAAGAAGUUAAUGAAGAGACCUGGCAAACUACAAAACAUUGAGCCACAUACAGGAGAGAAGCCAUACAAGUGUGAUGUCUGUGACAAAGAGUUUACAUUAAAACAUCAUCUACAGAACCACGUCAGGACACAUACAGGAGAGAAGCCAUACAAGUGUAAAGUUUGUGGUGUCACGUUUAAACAGUUUGGCCAUCUACAGACACACUUUAUGACACAUACAGGAGAAAAGCCCCACACAUGUGAUAUCUGUGAUAAAAGAUUUAGAGAAGCACAAAGCCUGAGGAAACACCAGAGGAUACACACAGGAGAGAAACCGUAUGAGUGUGAUGUCUGUGGGAAGGAGUUUACAUUGGCACACCAUCUAAAGAGACAUGUCAGGUUACACACUGGACAUAAACCGUACAAAUGUGGCCUCUGUGGUAGGGAGUUUAAUUUGGUAUACAGCCUACAGAUACACCUAAAGAAACAUUCAGGAGAACUACCCUUCAAAUGUGAUGUAUGUGGCAGAGGCUUCAUUGAAGUACAAAAUCUGCGAAAUCACAACCGGAUUCAUACAGGAGAUAAGCCCUUCAAAUGUGAUGUCUGUGAUAAGGAAUUUAGUCAUUUAAGUUCUCAAAAGACACACAUCAAAUUACAUGCAAGAAGUAGUCCAAUUUAUGCUUGGGGGAAUCUUGUCGUUAGUAUGUCCCUUAUAGACCUCAAGCGUCUGAUCGACAACUGGCUUGAGGAUAUUUUUAAUGCAAGACGAAAACAUUUACUAAUUGUUGUGAAGUUACUCGAAGCGAAAACUUCAAAGAUGAGUGAACUGCAACGUCACUUAGAAAAAGACAUAUCUCCCAAAACAGGAGUUAUGGAGGAAGAAAAUAACCAGAAGUUACUUAGCACUCAUGGUGAACAGAAACUCCUCAGAAAUCCUACAGAAGAGAAGUAUUGUCAGUUUGAUGUUGGUGUUAAGGGGAGUGAUGUGGAGCAUUGUCUUAACGCACAACACACGGUGCAUACAGAGGAGCGCUGUAAACGGGAUAUUUUUGGUAAGGAACAAAGUGCUAAUGCACCAGUUAUCAAAGACACUGUGUCACCUAGAGGAGAGAAACCCUUCAAGUGUGAUGUAUGUGGUAAGGAGUUUAGAACCUCAGGCAGCCUGCAGAGACACGUUAGAAUACAUACAGGAGAGAAACCUUUUAAGUGUGCUGCGUGUGGGAAAGAUUUUAGCGAGUCAGGAAGCCUCAGAAAACAUUUCAGAACACAUACAGGAGAAAAGCCUUAUAAGUGUGUAGUCUGUGGCAAGGAGUUCAGCGAGUCGGGUAGCCUACAGAAACACCUCAGAACACACACGGGAGAGAAGCCCUAUACAUGUGAUGUCUGUGGUAAGGGGUUUAGCGAGUCCGGUAACCUGCAGAAACAUUCAUUGAUACAUACAGGGGAAAAGCCAUACAAGUGUGUUGUUUGUGGUAAGGAAUUUAAAUGGGGAGUGAGUAUUCGGGAUCAUAUGACACUACAUACUGGAGAAAGGCCCUACAAGUGUGAUUUGUGUGGGAAAGAGUUUAGAAAAUCUGGUAAUCUGAAGACACACCUGAAGAUACAUACAGGAGAAAAGCCGCACCAAUGUAAUAUAUGUGGUAAGGGAUUUAUUAAAUCCUGGGAUCUAAAGAUACACCACAAGACACAUACCAGACAAAAGCCAUACAAAUGUGAUGUGUGUGGCAAGGGGUUUAAAGAUACAGACAAACUGCAAAAACACACCUUCGUACAUACUAAACAGAAUCCAUACAAAUGUGAUGCAUGUGGCAAGGGGUUUAAGGAUCCAGAUAGACUACAAAAACACGCCUGUGUACAGACAGAAGAAUGGCCUACGAGUGUCAUGACUAUGGUGAGGGGUUCAUUAAGUCAUGGAAUCUAAAGGGACACUGUAAGAUACUUACCAUAGAGAAGGCAAUCAGAUUGAUGAGAUUCAGUAGAGGGAAGUCUAGUUCGAGAUGUUAUGUAAAUUAUACGUGAUUUCUAGAUCUUUUUAUCUAUAAUCAUAUGUCGCCUCAUAGACAAUGCAGUUGUACAUGAAGUAUAAUAAAGAGCCCUCCUGAUGAGAUGCUGCGAGUGUGAUGGAUGUAAUAAUCAACAUCAGGGAACUGAAAUGUCCCUAUGGUACAACAUGAAAUUUGAAAAGACUUUUUUUCUAUUGUAAACAAUGAUUGUUUUCGAUGAUAUUUAAAUACCAAUAACUAAAGAAAUCAUUUUUUAUAUAAUAUUUAUAAUUUAUUUGUGAACUAUACAAUUGUUAAAAUACAAUGGAAAAAUAUCCAUAAAUGUAUACAUACACAUGUACAUGUAUUAUUUAAAUAUUCAUUUUGUGACAUAUAUGUACAUUAAUCAAAUAGUUUGUUUUGUUUAUGACAUAAUAGCUGACCAAUUUAGGAUUUGUUUUGAUAAUUUUACAUACACAUUUCGAGGUACUUCCUAAGAGUGUUAAAUUAUUGUAACUAGAUAUUUUAAAUAGCACAACGAGUAAAAUAUUUAAUUGAGAAGUUCAGAAGACAAAUUUAAAUAUGAUGAAAAAGCCCUGCCAUCUUCUGACCUAAUUGUUGGCGUUUCGGCUUCUAAGUUUUACAUACAUAUGUACAUAUGUAUAAUAUAUAUAUAUGGGAAUCCCUUGAAUGGUUUUUCAUAUCUACAUGUUGGCUUUAUAGACUCAGUCAUAAGUUAUCAGUAUUAUUUACAAAUACAUUGAUUUCCCCGAGUAUAAGAAAUAUACAUGAGUAGACAGUAGAGGGUGUUAGAUGAUAACCCUUUCCUUGUUAUUUCUAUACGAAUAUGUACUACUUUUAUAGGUUAGCUAAAUAUAAUUAAUAUGUGUUAGAAUUAUAUACUGCAUGUUUACAUAAUUGGUUUUGAUGUGCAUAUCUUGUAAUUAUAAUAAGGAACAUAGAUCUGAUACUUUAUACUUUAUGUAGGGAAACAGUGUUUCUUCCCCCUUCCAGAAAAUCAUUAUCUUGUCGCCCAGUGUUAAAUUGAUACUUUGCUAGUAAGAACUGCCGUCAGUGAAUAAACAUUUCCAAUUAAACAUCCAGACUUUUGAACUACAAUGUAGUUAUUUUACUUUUAUUCGCCUCUUCUCAAGAGCUCGAGAUGAGCGAAACUUAAUCCACAGCGAAAGUUUCCCCUUUAACUGUAUACCUGGGUAUAUCACAUGUAGUUGAUGUGGUAAUGAAUUGUGUUGCAAGUCUAGUCGAACGAUAUUGAUGAGAGAGAAAUUUUGUGAUAUUGUCUUUUGCAAAGUGUAGAAUUCAUCAUUGACCAGAAUAAACAUGAAAUCAAAUGACAA